UGCAAGCAUUAUCGCAGCAGCUCCAAAGCACGGGAGUCAAACCAACCAAGUAAUAGAUCCAUUAUUUCUUUAAUCAAAAUUGGAGUCAAGACUUUUCCUGCCCUCAGUUUUAGCAUUCAAGUGUAGUUAAUAUUAAAAUUGCAGAAAUGGAUUUCACUGAACGGAAAUGAUAUUUUCCAAGAAUUUGAAGAGGAAUCAAGACAGAAGGUUGAAACACGAGGAGCAGCUCCCAAGGAGGAGAAGGAGGAAGGACUGGCAUGAACGUAUUGACUACCCCAGCAGAGCGUGCCAAAGGAUGGUACUUAGCUUUAAUGGCACCCAACAUCAAGGGCCCAUCAUAUGCCUGGCUUGAUCCUUCCAGACUCUAUUGUAACCAACAGGCCUUUAAGGACUGCGUUGAAGACUUGAUCCAACCAUUCCAAAAUGACACAAUAGACCUCGUAGCUGGAAUAGAUGCCAUGGGUUUUGUCUUAGGAGCAGCCAUAGCAAACCGCCUUGGAAAAGGAUUCUUAACAGUCCGGAAAGAAGGUCACCUCUGUGUGGAAACUAAAAGGAUGGCCUACUCUGACUAUACAGGUCGACAGAAAGUGAUGGAGAUGCGCAGUGACGUCGUAAGAGCAGGUUUGCGAAUCCUGUUGGUGGACCAGUGGGUUGAGACCGGAGGGACGAUGGAGGCUGCAAUAACACUCAUUGAACAGGAAGGUGGAAUUAUAGCAGGUAUUGCUGCAAUUUGCAUUGAAGACACGGAGGGAGGAAGAAAAAUUAAAGAGAAAUACAAAUAUUCAACUUGCGUCCCUGAGCUCCUGCAGCCGCAAUUUAACAGUAAAUACCUAGAGAGCUUUAAAGCCUUUGAAACUAAAUGUAAUAAAAAAAAGUGAAGCAUA